CUGGCGCUGGCUGCAGCUGAUUGCUUUAUUGUGCAAUCGUCAUAUUCAUCGCCAUACAGAAUUUGAAAUGCACUUCUUUGGUGUUUGACAAGAAAGUAAAUUGUAUCUUGUUUCGGAGAUCAAAACAUGGAUACCACCACGGGCACUGAACAUCUGCCUGAUUGCUGGGAAGAUGAUGAACGAAUGGGGUACCUGUUUUCUGGAUUUCGUGAGAAUCGGCAAGUGAAUCCUCGAGAUUGGGACAACAAGAUGAAAUUCUGGUCAGAGCUCAUCUUGAAAUAUGGAAAAACACAGAGAACUCUACUGUUUUCAUUGGAAGAUUUGACACAGAAGUUUAGGAGAAAAGGAGUUGUUCCGCAGUGCAUUGGUGCAGUGAUGAGAGAAAUGAAUAGAAAUGGUCAAAUGGUAAGAGCAGAUGAUCUUGAAGCAAGUACAACAUGGUUGUCAUGGGGAGUCAACACGUUUGUUAGAAAACCUGUGAGAUGGACGAUGGCCUCUCUCUUCCAACAGACGAAUGAGCCCCCUGUAGGAAACUUUGUAGCUGUGGAAUUAUUGAAGGAGUUUGGGGAAGCUUUUCUCAAGAGACAUCAUGAGAAUGUCCAUUGCACCAGCACCGAUCAUGUAGUGGACUACUCCACGUUCAAGCAAGAGUGCGUUGACCUGUGUCAGGAUGACGCUUCCUUUGAUCUUGUCCUUCUUCAUCUUCAGAGGACGAAACAGGUUCUGGUGACAACAGAUGACAAUACAAAGGUAAUAAAAUUUGCAUCUAAAAGCCAGAAAGCUGUGUCUCCAGUGACAUCUGUGGAGCUUGGAACUCUAAGAUUAAAGAAGACAAUCCUUUCAAUGCAGUUGACAAUAGAGAGACUCUCAAGAGUAGUGGAACAAGAAGAUAAAGAGACCAGACAACAACUCAGAAAAGGAAAGAAAACAUCAGCCAAGAAUGCACUGAGAAGGAAGAAGCUUGCUCAGAAGAGAUUAGCAAGUGACGAAUCCACCCUAGAUGCCUUACAGCAGCUUCAAGAGAGACUCGAGUCUGCUGAGUCUGACAAAAUGGUAUUGGAAGCAUACAGGUCUGGGUCAAAGGCAUUAAAGAAAACAUUUGAUGACAACGGCCUCUCACCUGAAACGGUGGAUGAUGCAGUGUCGGAUGUUCAAGAGGUCAUGGAAAUGUGCAAUGAGAUUGACGACACCAUGGUGAGAGGGAACAAGUCCAUCGAUGAUACGGUGAGCUUCGGUGCAGACAUAGACCUGGAUCUUCUGGAAUCGGAGCUGGAAUCGCUCAUCAGUGGUGAUCUAGAUGUGUCAGUGACCACUACUUCAUCCAAAUCAACAGAACAAAGUAAAAGCACUGCCAAAGAUACAAGUGGAAGUAUGCUGGAUCUACCAGAAGUGCCUUCAGCGUCACCCGCUGAGCUGGAUACAUCCUUCAAAGAAGACAAUACAAGUGGAAGUAUGCUGGAUCUACCAGAAGUGCCUUCAGGGUCUCCCGCUGAGCUGGAUACAUCCUUCAAAGAAGACAGUAUACGAAAGAGCAUGCUGGCAUCGUGACCAGUCUUCUUCAGAGGAAUCAUUCACCAACAAAUACUCUGCUCUGAACAUUUAGGGUUUCGUGCAAGCAUUGCAUAUUGAAAAUAACUGUCUGUAAAUUAAUAUUAUGUGAAGUUUUUCUAGGGUCUUGGUCUUGGGACUGUAAGCUUCAGGUACAACAUUGAUAAAUGGGUUGUUUUGACGUGAAAUUUCACAAAACUUGCCGAAAAUCUUCAACACAGUACAACAACAGUACAAAUUUCCUUCGCUUGCUUUAGAUUUAUUUUUUUGUCAUUUAUCAAACUGACGACUAGUUUUGAUUUUGAAUGAUAAUUUGUUUGUGAAGUAUAUUAUAUCAGAUUCUUUGCCUCUUGUGAAAUAUGUUAUACAAUUCAUCAUUAGCAACCCCUACAAUAUGAAAUAUCAGAUUCAUAUUCUACAUUUAUGGAGAAAACCUAGAACUUUAAAUACUGAAUUAACACUCUAAAUACAGAUGAAUAAUGGAUGCCCAUGUACAUUCCCAAAGUUUUGUGCAGGCCUGUUAUGUUUGUUUUUUUUUUUUCUUCUCCAAAUCAUGUUCUUUAAUCCUGAAUAACUAUUUGAAUGUCUUGCAUAGUUUUUGGUCUCCUUAAAUUCCUUCUCACUUGAUCUGCAUUGAGGAUCAUGAUGGACAUUGUUAAUGUUUGAGAGUGUUAAAUCCAGGAUUACUGCUAAACCCUGUGGUUUUAUGGUGACAUGCAGAUAGAGGUGAUCAAUCAUGUCUAAGCCAGUUGCAUACAUUUGUAGUCAGGUGCAUAGGCAGGGGGAGGGGGGUUUGGGGGUUGAACCCCCCCCCCCUCAAAUCUUGUU